AUGCCUUACAUCGCCACUGAGCAAGUUACGAUCUCAAUGGCAACUCGAAGCAUUUUGAAGCAAAACAACUCUGCCGACGUCAAGAAGGAAGUCAAGGGAGACGACCAGAUGUCGGACGCUCAGCGCCUGGCCUUCGAUAAUCUCCUUCGCCUUGCCAUGUGCACAGAGGAGAAGGAUGUAACCCCCUCUGACGUCAAUGCUGGAGGAGGGAACGGAGGUUACCAACAGGCGAUGUCUCCCACCUCAUCAAGCUCAACAGUCCCUGUCUCACCAGAGGAGUCGCCGCACCGCACCCCGUCACCUUCAUGGCCCUCCACGGAGCCUGCUUCUCCCUCCCGCGGGGAUGAGAUUACUGCCCCCAAGGUCUUCAACACCAUCUUCCCCCGCCGCAAGGCUGGCCAGCACACGAGGGUCAACAGCAAGCCUGUCGUGCUCAACGAGAAGACUCUACAACAGUUCUUCACCUCCCCCUACAUGAGGCAGCCGUGA